AUACGGUUGAUGGCCGCUGGUGGAUAAGUGGCACCUGCCGGCCGUAGUGUGCUCCCGGGGCCGCACACCUCUGACGGGAAUAACCCAUAAAAUGCGCUUUCAAGAGAACUAGCUGGUUUAAAGUACUGAGUUACUGACGGGAACGGACUCCAAUAUUUAGUGUUGCUGAUUUACCAUCAUGACUGACAGCAGUGUCCUGGUACCUGCCGGUGGCAGGAGUCUACUCGCCGACUCUUCUGUUUUCGAAUCCAGAAUUGCAGAGACUUCAAAAGAAAAUCUCUUUACAGGCUCGGCAGACGUUGAUGAAGACAUGCCGCAGGUAGAGACCAGAGUGGUUCUAGUUCAGGAUGCGGGAAGAAAUGACGCUUUAGUAAAAGCUCUCGAGACAGUUAAACUAAUGGAAGUUCCUGUUAUAAAGAUAAGGGAAUACUGUCGUGAGAAAUCCAGAGAAUCAUUUAUAAAAAGUAUUGUGAAUAUGGAAAUCAAGCAUCCUUACGUCACAACUGAGUCUGUGGAAGAAUAUGCAGAAGCAGAUGCACCGGAGUUCGAGAACGUAUUUGUUAUAUCAGAUUUCCAGCACCCCUCCUUUCGAUACCUGUAUAAAGCUGACUGCAGAGUGCUGGGCCCGCCGAUCAUCUUGUACUGUGCACAAAAAGGAGAGCCAUUGCCAUUCACGUCCCGACCUCUGUACUGUGCAAGCAUGUUGAAUCUAGUCCUGUGCUUUACUGGGUUCAGAAAAAAGGAAGAACUGGUGAAACUAGUGACGUUAGUCCACCACAUGGGAGGAACCAUACGAAAAGACUUCAGCUCUAAAGUGACACAUCUUAUUGCCAGUUCUACUCAUGGAGAUAAAUUUAGGGUUGCAGUCAGCCUUGGGACUCCCAUCAUGAAGGCCGACUGGAUAUUAAAAGCAUGGGAAAAAAGGAAUGAUUUAGAGUUCAGUGCAACAGAAGAGGAGUUCAAAAGUGAGUUCAAGGUCUCGCCAUUUCAGGACUGCGUAUUAAGUUUUCUCGGAUUUUCAGAUGAGGACCGGGUCAGCAUGGAAGAAAUGACAGUAAUGCAAGGGGGACAGUUUUUACCAGUUGGGGAUGAAACAUGCACUCAUCUAGUUGUUGAAGAAAAUUCUGUCAAAGAGUUGCCUUUUGAGCCUCCAAAAAAAUUAUAUGUUGUGAAGCAAGAGUGGUUUUGGGGAAGUAUACAGAUGGAUGCCAGAGCUGGAGAAACCAUGUAUCUCUUCGAAAAGCAUGAAAGCCCAGCUCUCAAAAAGUCUGUAUCGAUGCUUUCAUUGAAUACACCAAGUAGUAACCGCAAGAAACGCAGAUUGAAAGAUACAUUGGCACAGAUAACCAGAGAAACGGACAUUUCACCAUUUCCACCUCGAAAACGUCCUUCAGCAGAACAUUCCUUGUCUAUGGGAUCAUUGCUUGACAUCUCAAACACUCCAGAGUCUGGAAAAUCUCUUUUAGGAGACACCCCCAAAUUUUCUUCUAAACCAUCCAAGAUUUCCACACCUGUACCCCAUAAGCAGUCAGCGAGAUGGCAGGUUGCAAUGGAGCUGUAUCAAACAGAGAGCAACUAUGUUGACAUUCUUACUACCGUAGUACAGCUUUUUCAAGUUCCCCUAGAAAAAGAGGGACAGCUAGGAGGACCGAUUCUUGCUCCAGAAGAAAUCAAGACCAUUUUUGGAAGUAUUCAAGAUAUUUUGGAUGUUCACACAAAUAUAAAGGAUGACCUAGAAAAAAUGAUGAUGGACUGGGCAGAAACAAAAAGUAUUGGAGAAGUAAUUCUUUGUUAUUCAAAAGAUUUGGUGAAAAUAUAUCCGCCAUUUGUAAAUUUCUUUGAAAUGAGUAAAGAAACUAUUAUAAAUUGUGAGAAGCAGAAACCAAGGUUCCAUGCAUUUCUAAAGAUUAAUCAAGCAAAGCCAGAAUGCGGGAGACAGACAUUAGCUGAAUUGAUGAUCCGUCCAGUUCAAAGACUACCUAGUGUUGCUCUUCUUUUAAAUGAUCUUAAGAAACAUACUUCUGAGGACAAUCCAGAUAAGAUGAUGCUUGAGAAAGCUAUUGAAUCACUAAAAGAAGUAAUGACUCACAUCAAUGAAGAUAAAAGAAAAACUGAAGCCCAACGACAAAUCUUUGAUGUGGUCUAUGAAGUGGAUGGAUGCCCUGCAAAUCUGUUAUCUUCCCAUAGGAUGCUGGUGCAAAGAGUGGAAACUAUAGCUCUGGGGGAAGAUCUCUGUGACCGAGGAGAACAAGUCACACUCUUUCUAUUUAAUGAUUGCCUUGAGAUUGCAAGAAAGCGGCAUAAAGUCAUUGGGACUUUCAAGAGUCCUCAUGGACACACAAGACCCCCAGCAUCUCUUAAGCAUAUCAGCUUGAUGCCGUUGUCACAGAUAAAGAAAGUUCUUGACAUCCGGGAAACUGAAGAAUGCCAUAACGCGUUUGCAUUGGUAGUGCGACCUCCAACAGAACAGACAAACCAGUUAUUUAGCUUCCAGCUGACAACGGAGGAGCCUCUGAAGGUGGAUUGGCUGAGGAUGGUAUGCCGGCACAUAGCCAACACGAUUUGUAAGGCAGAUGCUGAAAAUUUGAUUUAUACUACUGAUCCCGAUUCAUUAGAAGUGAACACAAAAGAUGUGGAUAGUACAUUGAGCAGAGCAUCCCGAGCUAUAAAGAAAACUUCCAAGAAAGUUACAAGAGCAUUUUCUUUCUCGAAAACACCCAGGAGAGCCCUGCAGAGGGCGCUGAUGGCACAUAAUACUCCUGAUGCAAGGAGCCCUGGUCCAAGCACGGAGGGAUUUGCAAGCAGUCGCAUGCCAAGUACCACCUCUCUAGCACAUGUCCAUUCUCCUUCCAUGGUGAACCUGUUUGAAAGGAAGUACCAUACCUUCAGUCGUUCGACAACUCAUCUCAUCUGAGGAAUGAAAACUAUCUGUAUUGGUAUAACAGACGAAAGCAGCUGGCUGUUCUUAAAGACUGUUCCUUCCCAUAUGGUACUUCACAGUAGCACUUCAAAUGAAGACAAAGACGUGAUUUUGAAAUAUUUCAAAUAAUGUGCUCUACCCAAGUGCAAGGCAAAGGCUUGAUUUGUGUAAAUGGCAAAGCUGGACAGUGCUUGUCAUAGUGUCUGUGCAUUAUAAAUGUUUGUGUGGCCAGAACUACUAGUAAGUCAUGUAUCUACAUUGCGAUGGCUCAUCUUCAUCUCUGUUUAGAUGAGUUUAUAUAUCAUGAGGAUAUUGUGAUGGUCGAGUUUUGUAUAUAACAUUCCACAGUUUCUACAGGAUGAUUACCUACUGGAAGAUA